UCAGGGACGGUUGGAGAAGCAGGAGAAGAGGAAAAAGAGAGAGAAAGAGAGGGCAGUGCGCGUGCGCAGAGCCCUACUGGGUCCCUCCGGGAUGAGGAUAAAAAGCAGGAGCGGAGCGUGAGCCCGAACGCAGAAAGCACAGGAGAUAGAGCGCGCGCACACACACACACCCGUCAAUCAGCAACAUCUCAGGCUGAAGUGCGCGAGGCGGCGGCUGCAGGAGAGAUUCCAGAACUCCCCUCAUGGCAGCAUCAGCGGCGACGUUGGCGCGAGGAGGGAAUCCCCGGGAAUGGUCUCGCGCCCGCCGGCUCUCGCGCUCCUCCUCUCCCUUUUUCUUGCUGGUGCUGCUGCUGGUGCUGCUGCUGCCCGUUUGCAAAGCGGCUUUUACUGCUGGUGCUCCUUGACAAGGGCUGGCACCUUCUUGAUUUGACACUUCCAGAGGACACUUCCUUUUUCCAGAGAGACAAUUUUUCCCUUGCAAAUUGCAAUAUAUAUAUAUAUAUCUCCCCAUCUUUUCCAACUUGGUUCCUCCUGGUUUCUCCUCCUGCUGCGCCCUCCGACCAAGCAUUGGACCCUUGGAGACAUCCAUGAGGCAACCUCCGCCCGGAGACUUCGAGAUGGCGCUCAGCGGCACCCUCCUGCCCUCCAUCUCCACCUUCGCUGCCGCCGCCACAGGGAACCCUGCCAGGGAGAAGGCCCUCAGGCAAGGGGCCCCCAACGCCAACAACAGCAACAACAACAACACAUGGAGAGAGGAGCUGUCUCAUCUCAAGAGGAUCCCUCCUGUGCUAACAGGACGGCCCUACGACUUAGUUUCUGAACUGGAAAACGCCGUCACAGGCAGCAGCAGUAGCGUUAUGUCACGGCGAGAGACGGAGGAGUUGAAUGAGCUUCUGGACUUUGACUUCAUCCUCUCCAACUCUCUCAUGCCCCAGGAGCAGCCCACAGCAGCCGCAGCCAUUGUAAGCUCUGUUCCUGGCUCCUCGCCCUCUGUCACUAGCAACAGCUGCCCUGUUGUGACCACCUGUGACUUCACUUACCAGCUGCAAAGGGGGGAUCACACUGGAGGAGGUGGUGGUAUACUGUACAACAGGGAACAGGCCCCAGCUGCCCCUUUCAACCUGUCCGAUAUCAAUGAUGUAUCCCCUUCGGGUGGAUUUGUAGCUGAGCUGAUGAGGCCAGAUCUGGACCCUGUUUAUAUGCAGCAGCAGCAGCAACAGCCACCACCCUCACUGGGCAGCCUGCAUGGGAAGUUUGUGGUGAAAGCCACAGUGAACAUGGGGGAGUACAAUAACCACAUCAGUGUUAGCAGCAAGAACAAUGCAGCUGCCGCUUCCCCUUGCACGGAUGGCCCCGUGCCACCUCCUGUCUACAACCACAUGCCCACGAUGUGCCCCAAAAUCAAGCAGGAGGCCACCCCUUCUUGCACCAUUGGCCAAUCCCACGGGAAUACUCCGAGGGCACAGCAGCACGAUUUCACUUUGGGGCGGCCACUGCCUAGUAGGACUAACCCUCCCUUGACUCCAGAGGAAAUUAUGAAUAACAGAGACUGCCACCCUUCCCCACAGAGCUUAAGUCACCCAGGUCUGCCAGUUCCCCCGGGCUACCACCCGGGCCCAGGAUAUCCUCCUUUUCUUCCAGAGCAACUGCCACCAAGUGCACUCCAGUAUCAAGGUCAGUCUUACUAUCUAAAUGUUUUUGGAGAGCCUUUAAGUAUGCCUCGCGUGGUUCAAGGGAUGAUGCUGACUCCGCCCUCUUCACCUCUAGAGCUCAUGCCUUCGGGGGGCUGUAUCUCUGAAGAGACCAAACCAAAGAGGGGACGGAGGUCAUGGCCCAGGAAAAGGACCGCAACACACACAUGCGACUAUGCUGGCUGUGGUAAAACAUACACAAAGAGCUCACAUCUCAAAGCGCACCUUCGGACCCAUACAGGCGAGAAGCCCUAUCACUGUGACUGGGAAGGUUGCGGCUGGAAAUUUGCCCGCUCUGAUGAACUCACGCGUCACUACAGAAAACACACGGGCCACCGCCCAUUCCAGUGCCAAAGGUGUGACAGAGCAUUUUCCAGGUCUGACCACCUUGCCUUACAUAUGAAGAGACACUUUUGAGAAGGACGCAAUGAACUUAUAUUUUCCUUUACUGCCAUGAGAUAUUCAGUAUUUGACAGCACAAAGGACUGUCUUCCACAAAAGGGGAGAACUCCACUUAAAGCACUACAAAGAAGUCUUCCAAAAUGAAAAUUUGAAAGUAUGGAUAUAAAUGGACAAUUAAGAAAACAACAACCAACAAUCAUGGGACUAUGUCUUUUCUCCCCCCAAAAAAGUAGGGGAACAACAAUGACUGGAUCUUGUAUCAUCAUUCCAUUUUUUUAAACUAAAAAAAUAAAUCUUAACUUGAAUCUUUUCUGGACUACAGAAUGCCAAGGAUUGACUGGAAGUCAAGGAUAUCAGGGUUAAAAUAAACUGUUGAGGGGAGGGGACAGUGGGAGAUUACGUAGGGAGACUACGGGUGAAGGCAGGUGUGAUGUUUGUAGAGCAGUGUGCCUACUUUAGAAGCGUCUUCAUCACAUUCAGUCCUCGUGCUUUUUCAUCUCCAAUUAGGCUACUAGCAAAAGCUACUACUAUUUGGCUAAUGAUCAUGAUGAGCUCAAACACAACUUUUCGCUGGCUGCCACCACCCCUCCACCAAAUGAAAUUCCUCAAGCCAUUUUGCAACAGCUUUUAAAACUCUUGUUUUUAAGAGGAAGAAUGAACAAGAGAACAUAGUUCUAUUUAAAUGAAAAGGAAAUAAAAUAAAGGGAAGCUGCAGCCUUUAAAGAAACAGGGGGAGAUAGUGUUUGAAGCCAAACUCACCAUUUGACAUACAAGAAGGUAGUUCCACCAUGCAAAUCCUAAAGCCUGGUUUGCACCAUGGCUGAAGAAAAUGUACUGUUACUGCUCUUAAAGUGCGGCAUCUGUCUUCACCCCAAAUUCCCUUAAGAUUUCUUUUCAAUGCAAUAUUGUAAACACGUUGUAGGCUUGCAAUUUCUUUUUCCUUCCAAAAGCCAUUAUUGAACUUUUGUCAGAUGGGGAAGAAGAAAUUCAGGUACAGAGAUGUGGUUAAAAGUCUUAUUCUAAUGGUGCUGAAUGACUUUUGGUUCUUAAGGUACCAAAAAAAAAAAAGGAAGCCAAAGUUCUCAAACUGCUGCAUAUCUGACAAGGAAAUACAUUUGUCUUCCGAUCUACAUUUAAUGAUGACCUAAGUCAGGUUAAUAAACCUGGUUUAUUUGUGUUUGUGUCUCUUUUUUAAUCUUCUAUGCAGACAGUCUGUAAUGCACUGUGGUUUCAAUGUGCAAUAAUUUGUACAAUUGUUUAUUCCCAAAUAUGCCUUAAGCAGAACAAAUGUGUUUUUUUCUAUAUAGUUCUUUACUUAAUAAAUAUGUAAUAUAAAUUUAAGGAGACUUCUAUUUUGUAUAUUUGUAAACUAUGAAGUGAAAAAUGAACAUUUUGUCAGAGUUUGUAUUUUGCAUAGUCACUUCGCUGAAAAUAACUUUUAAAUAAACCUAUUUUAUCUGAA